AUGCCUCCCACCGAGCCCCCUAGCCAGCCCGCAGAAGUCGCUACAAAGGUGCUGAGGAGAGCCGAGGUCUCCAAGGCCACUCGAAUUUUGUCCUCUCGUCUAGCCUUAGCAAACGUCAAGAUCAAGCAUGGCUGGGAGAAUCUAUCUCUCGACAGCAUUGAGCCCCGAGUGGAACAGGAGCUGAAGCGGAAGAGACCUGGCGGGUCAAGCACGCUUUCAGAUACCUCCUCUAUUACAUCACAGCGAUACUAUGCUCCUGGCGUGCUCGACUCGUCACCUUUGGCGAAGCCAAUAUUCUCCGACGACCUUGGGCGGCCUGGCUCUUACAAGCGGACCAGGUUCUCCCAGCCUGCAUCCAGCAAUCACGCCCGCCGGAAGGUCCGGACGUCAAUGGGCUCCACAUCGUCGUGGAAGAGCCAGUAUCAUCUCCCAGCGUCUUCACCAGCCUACCAUCAGCGUCAUGCCAGCUACCAAGUCGCCCACGUUCCCAGCCUGUCCUUCGUCUCAGAAACGUCGACUAUCCCUGACGACCCAGCCUCACCUCUGCUUUCAGAAGAUGAUGAUACAGACCUUCCAGUUCACUCGUUUGCCGUUGGUACAUCAGCCAACAGGAUACAUUCACCAACACCUACUCGAAGCCCUCGCACUCCACCUCCCGGUCUGGCUCGCUCAGGCCGUCUGCGUAACGAUGCCUUUACCGCUGCAUCUCGCAACCGACACAAUGGCGAAGAGGGCGUAGAUCUGCUCAUGUAUCUCGCUGCCUCCCCUUCGCCUGCUCAGGCAGCUAAGACGUCUACCCGCGUCUUCCCCCCCUCCACGCCCCCACCAAAAUCCACACCUCUCCCUUCAUCCAUGAUGACCACCCCUGGCGGCGGCAUCGGUGCGCCCUUCUCUGGCUUCGGGCUUAACACACCAUCUGCAAACUUCAACUUCGCCGAGUUCGUCAACAUGACACCAAGUCCCGCUCAAGGAGGCGGGAGCUGGGGAAGAACACCAAGUACAGCAAGGACACCAUUGGCUGCCAGGGAAGCGAGGAGAAGGCUCAACUUCGACAGCUUGCUUCCACCGAGUCCCGGUGUAGGCAUGUUCGAGAGAACGAGCCCUGCCAAGGGGGCGGGGCUAGGGAUGGAGCUUGGAGGGGAACUAGUGUCAUGA